GUUCUAGUAAAGAUUUUUGUUCCAGCUGAGCAGAAGUCUGUUGAUCUGCCACGAAACUUUGCCACACAAAAUCCUUCUCAUCGCCGCCAGUUCCGCAAAUAAACUCCACUCCUAGAACCUAACUGCGAAGCCGUUCCAAAAAACAAUACUAUUUCAACUCCUUCUCUGCCGAGCCCCCGACUCGACAUCAUCAAUCAUGACGACCCUCACAGCCACCUUCAAUCCGGCCGACAAGUCCACACCAGGCCACUACGGCGCCUCCCAAACCGCCCUCCUCCUGCUCGAUUUCCAUUCGCUAUUCGUGCAAAAAGCUGCCGGUCCAGCCGGUGCCGCAGCUCUCGAAACCGCCGCCCACAUGAGAACUUGGGCAAAGUCCCAAGGCAUCCAGGUGAUCCAUUGCCUGGUUGAUGUCAACGCCAAACCCUUCCCGACAUGCAAAGACCCGGAGAGGCUGGCAGCAUUCGCCGCUGCCAUGAAGUCGGGCGGCGCAGAAGAGCCCGCCGAGCUGCUCGGAGGGGGUGGUGACGAAGCUACGUUCUUGAGGGUCCCCGGGCACGUUUCUGCGCUCAAGUCGCCUGGCCUGAGUGAUUACUUGGAGAAGAAGGGAUUGAAGUCGCUGAUUCUCAUGGGACUGAGCACGUCAGGGUGUGUCAUGAGGACCGCGGUGAUGGCUGGGGAUGCGGAGUAUGUCGUGACGGUUAUUUCGGAUGGGUGUGCGGACCCGAUGCAGGAGGUUCAUGAUAUCAUGAUUGGAAAGGUGUUGGCAAAUAGGGGAUAUGUUACUACGGCUGCUGAGUUCCAAGAAGGGUUCGCGAAGUCGGCGGGAGGGCAGUGAAGGAACUCGAUAGGGCUUGGUGGUCGAUACAUGCCAAGUGCUUCAAUAGAUUAGCGAAUGCCGAAAG